GGGAGACACCCGGAGGAUGCUCACGAAGAGACCGGGGAGCAGCAGCCUCCAUCUUCUCCUCCGCCUCCAGGUUAUGAAACCAUCUGCAACGUGAUGCUGGACGUCCGCAGAAAAACCUCCAGGACCCCCUCCUCCUCCUCCUCCUCAUCCUCCUCCCCCUCCUCCUCCCCCCUUCCCUCUCCAUCCCCGGAUCAUACAUGGACUGUCCCUGCGUCACGCUCCUUCCUGCUGCGUCUUUUCCUCCGCAGCCGCGUCGCCUCCUCCUCCUCUCCUCCUCUCCUCGUGUUCAGGUUGAUAUGACUCCAUCUCCUCUCUGACUCCAUAAUCUCUCUGACUCCCUCUCCUCCUCUCUGACUCCCUCUCCUCCUCUCUGACUCCAUCUCCUCUGAACGUUCUCCGGCCUUCUGCCUCUCAUCCUCCCCCCUCCCCCCCUCUCAGUCCAUGAGCCCUGUCGGAAGAUAACGCUGCGACCUCCGCGGCACCGCAUCAGCGUUACCUCCUUAACGCUGCGUGCGUGAAUCUGCCUCACCCCCCUCCCACCCCACCCCACCCCACCCCAUCCAUCCUUCCUCGCCGUGCGGCCGAUGCGGUGUUGGUGCGCGCUCUCGGCUCCUCAGCUGCGGGGCGCACGGCGGCAGGAUGGUGCGGAUCGCCAGCGCGCUGGGGCUCGUCAUGUUCAGCGUGGCUCUGCUCAUCCUGUCGCUCAUCAGCUACGUGUCCAUCAAGAAGGACUUCCUGCUCAGCACCCCCAGAUACGGACCUAAUGGAGGACCCAGGAUGUACAUGUUCCACGCAGGGUUCCGCGAGAGGCCGCCUCGCAAACCAGACCUGAGCUCCCAGCUGGCGAUGAAGUAUCUGGACCCGGCGUUCACUCCUCUGACCAACUCUCUCAGCGAGGACCUGCAGAACUCCUCGAAAUGGAGGUACAACAGUUCUGCUUUUAUACAGCAGAGGACCGAGAUCUCUCAGUACAUCGACAUCCCCCACAACUUCUCCCUGACCCGAGGCUCGGUCCGUAUCGGUCAGCUGAUGCAUUACGACUACUCCAGCCACAAAUACGUCUUCUCCAUCGGUGAGAACUUCCGCUCGCUCCUCCCCGACGCCUCGCCCAUCCUCAACAAACACUACAACGUCUGCGCCGUGGUCGGAAACAGCGGCAUCCUCACGGGCUCGCGCUGCGGACCCCAGAUCGAGAAGUUCGACUUUGUCUUCCGCUGCAACUUUGCCCCGACUGAGAUCUUUAAGAAGGACGUCGGGCGGCGGACCAACAUGACAACGUUCAACCCCAGCAUCCUGGAGAAAUACUACAACAAUUUACUGACCGUGCAGGACAGGAACAACUUCUUCCUGAGCCUGAAGAAGCUGGACAACGCCAUCCUGUGGAUCCCGGCGUUUUUCUUCCACACGUCGGCCACAGUGACGAGGACGCUGGUCGACUUCUUCGUGGAGCAUCGAGGUCAGCUGAAGGUCCAGUUGGCCUGGCCCGGAAACAUCAUGCAGUACAUCAACAACUACUGGAAAACCAAGCAGCUGUCGCCGAAGCGCCUGAGCACCGGCAUCCUCAUGUACACGCUGGCGUCGUCCAUGUGCGACCAGAUUCACCUGUACGGCUUCUGGCCCUUCGGCUGGGACCCCAACACGGGCAAGGAGCUGCCGUACCACUACUACGACAAGAAGGGCACCAAGUUCACCACCAAGUGGCAGGAGUCGCAUCAGCUGCCGGCCGAGUUCAAGCUGCUCUACAAGAUGCACACGGAGGGACWGCUGAAGCUCAGCCUCUCGCACUGUGCRUAGAGCUGAAGCUCAGCCUCUCGCACUGYGCRUAGAGCUGAAGCUCAGCCUCUCGCACUGCGCGUAGAGCUGAAGCUCAGCCUCUCGCAUUGUGCGUAGAGCUGAAGCUCAGCCUCUCGCACUGCGUAGAGCUGAAGCUCAGCCUCUCGCCCUGUGCGUAGAGCUGAAGCUGAAGCUCCUCGCUGAACUCUGCUCCGAAGGCUUCAACAGACCAGAGGCGUCAAAAAGACAAAACGGACAAAGGCAGGAUUCACGUACUGUUUCUGAUGAACCGUUACAAACUGCUCGAGAGAAGAGUCGUGGUUUUGUUUGGCUGCUCGAGGAUCUGGAGUCGAGCAGGACUGCGGAUCCUUUUGUGAAGCUGAGACUUGUGGGAAAUGUUGUCCUGCAGAAUAUCACCGGCUCAGAUUAUUUAAUUUAGUUUUGAAUCCCUCCCGUGAUGGAACCUCUGUGACGCAGGUUCUCUGCCUCGUGUUUCCUGCGGGUCGUAGAGGAAACUCAUGAUUGUCCAGAUGAGUGAGAUCUUGUCUCGUAUCUUCAUGAACAGUUUUGACGUAUAUUAGGUCUCAUAUCUCGUAUCUCCCACCUUCAGUCUGUUAUUAAACUGGAUCGUGUUCCAUCAUGUCACACAGUCAUUUCUUUUGAUGCUGUGUCACUUUGCAGAGCUCUCAGACCCCGAACCUGUCAAUCAGACAAACACUGGGUGUGUG